CAGUAUCCUUGAGCAAGCUCUGCCAGGCAUAGACAACCAGACCUUCAUCACUGACUGUGUUACAGUUCAUAACCGACUCCGCUCCCAGGUAAACCCGCCUGCAAGUGACAUGCGCUAUAUGACCUGGGAUGAGGCUUUAGCUAAAACAGCCAAGGCCUGGGCAAGGACCUGCCAGUUUAGCCACAACAUAUACCUGAAGCAGGCUGGGAAAGUGCAUCCGACGUUUACUCCAGUUGGUGAAAACAUCUGGGUGGGAGCACCUUCUUCCACCUUCAGUGUGUCAGCUGCAAUAGAGAACUGGUAUGGUGAAGUGAAAGACUACAGAUACAGUGACAGGAGCUGCAGCCGUGUCUGUGGACACUAUACUCAGGUUGUCUGGGCUAAGAGUUACAAGGUUGGCUGUGCUGUUCACAUCUGUCCAUCUGGGAUUACUGGAUUCAAUACUAAUUCAAUUCCUGAUCCUACAAUCUUUGUCUGUAACUAUGGAGAUGCAGGGAAUUUUCCAACUCAUCCUUAUUCAACUGGAGCGGAGUGCAGCACAUGUCCCGGUGAAACGUGUGAGAAUAAGUUGUGCAAACAACAAACUCGAGAUCAAGCUAUAGGUUAUGCCAACUGGAAUCCUGACUUCGGUUCUGGUUCUGAUGCAGCUUCUUCUGCCACAUGCAACGCCAGCUUCCUGGCACUCGUUCUCAUCAUAGCAGGAGUAUACGGACUGCAGCUAGUUUUCCCACACGUGUUUGCUUACGAGUGAUCGACAUUGUUUGAAACACAAAAGACAGAGCUCUGCUGAACAUACAGGGAGCAUGUAGGGAUUCAUAUAUUAUUUCUUUAAAAACAAGUCACUGUCAAAAACUAUGUAGAUUCAAAUGUCAUUUAAUUUCUUUUUUUGUAUAUAUUUCCCUUCCUAUUUCAGACAAGCUCAAAACAAGUUAAAAGCCAGGUAAAGACAGAUUUAGAGAAAAAUGAUAACUUAAGAUUGUAACAGAGUCAGUCAGAAUGAUUACAAAAAUCAUGAAAUGUUCUGCUUUUAGCAACAGUAAAGACAGCAGUGCCUUUGGUGCAUAUUAUAUAUAUGACACACAUGAUGUUACAAUGCCAGGUUUUUAAAUAGUAAGUAUAUAAAUAAAACCACUUUGGAAAGUUUGGAAAAUCUGUUAUUGUGGCAAAGGUAUUGCCACAGGAAGUGCUGAUGUAAACAAUAUAAAAGAAAAUAUGAAAUAAAAAAUAUGACACAUGG